AUCCUCCCAUGGCUCUGGCACGUCAAUAUCGAAGAUUCUCCGUAUAAUUAUGCUCUUGGCCUCGCUUUUGGCCGUCGUCUAUCAACUGCUGGUAGCGUUUGGGUUUUCGCCUACCAGUUUCAGGAGCGCGGAAGUCGUAGGCGGCAAGCUUCUCCCAGAUUUGUACGAGGCGUCCAUCGAUGAGCUACAAGAUGGACUGGACAAGGGCCUGUUCACGAGCGUCGACCUUGUUGUGGCGUACUUCGCUCGUAUGGAAGAAGUCAACCUUCAAGGUCCCGCCUUGCGCGCCAUUAUAGAGGUGAAUCCUAGCGCAUUGGAACAAGCAGCUUCCCUAGAUAGCGAACGUCAAGUAAAUGGGACCCGCGGGCCGUUGCACGGCAUUCCGAUCCUUCUCAAGGAUAACAUCGCCACUCGGGCCAGUGACGGCAUGAACACGACAUCAGGCUCCUUUGCCUUACUCGGCUCGAUUCCGCCUCGGGACGCCACUGUCGCUGCCAAACUGCGCGCUGCUGGUGCAAUUCUGCUGGGGAAAACAAACCUCUCAGAGUGGGCGCACUUCCGCGGGAUCAUUGCACCCGGAUGGUCUGCGCGCGGUGGACAGUCGACGUGCCCGUACUUCCCGAAAGCGGACCCGUCUGGCUCGAGCUCAGGAAGCGCGAUCGGUGCAGCGAUCGGUCUUGCAGCCGUGGCACUUGGGACCGAGACAGGAGGGAGCAUCGUUCUGCCGUGCAGCAGGAACAACCUCGUUGGGAUCAAGCCCACUGUGGGCCUAACAUCGCGUGCGGGAGUGGUGCCGAUAUCAUUGAACCAGGACACGGUCGGCCCCAUGACACGCUCGGUCGCGGAUGCGGCUGCGGUCAUGACCAUCAUCGCAGGUCGCGAUCCGCUGGACAAUUUCACGUUCGCACAGCCCGAAAAGGUGCCAGAUUAUAUGCGGGCGCUAAGGCAUGACGCAUUGCAGGGUGUGCGCCUGGGCGUCCCAAGGCUAUUUAUGCCAGAUGACGAGAACAUCGUUGCCGUGUUUAAUGCGUCUCUCGAGGUGAUCAGGAGACUUGGUGCGACUGUCGUCGACCCCUCGGAGUUCCCCGAUGCUGAAGAGCUACUAACGUCUAAUAACGAGACCAUCGUAACGCAUACGGAUUUCAAGGUCGAUGUUAAAAACUACAUCUCUGGACUGUUGAAAGUCCCAACCGGAGUGAAAGACCUCGCGGAUCUGAUCGCAUUUAACAGCGCUCACCCAGACUUGGAACUCAUCCCGCCCUUCUACACUUCUCAACACGAGUUCCUCGCAUCUGUGAAUACUACUGUAGACGCUGCGUACCUCGCGGCGCUGGCUGCAGACCACGAUCUCGGUCGGACGCGGGGAAUCGACGGGGCGCUGAGGAAGUUCAACCUAGACGCUAUUAUUUUGCCGACAGAUGGCUUCUCAUACACGCCUGCAGCGAUCGCAGGGUAUCCUAUUGUCACAGUCCCACUUGGCUUCCAACCAGACACCGUGAAGCCAACGCCCGCGACGCCAGUCAUCGAGCUCGCACCGGGCCUUCCGUUCGGGCUCGCAUUUGUGGGCACCGCGUUCAGCGAAUUUGCGCUCUUGGGAUAUGCGUUCGCAUUUGAACAAGCGACGCACGCACGCCUCGAACGCCGCGCGUUUCCGGCCGCAGUACCGCGAACGCAGCUUAUAGAUGUGAUCGAGAAGCGGCAAAUGAAUGGGUGAUAGUUUUUCUUUCCUGAUAAUUCUGGGGACGAUCUGAGCCGUAGGGUGGUGUUUUUAUCAUAUUGCGCGAGGAAGCACGCCUGUUU